UCUCAUCCGGGAUCCCCAGUGGGUUCUUCGCAGGAUAUUGAGUUCAACGUAUUAUAUAGCCUAUUAAUGCUUGCUCUACCAAGAAGAGUAUUUUCUGUCUGCCUCAUGUUGCAUUGGCCUGUAGAUGUGGCUAAUUAAGUCAUUAUACACUUGGGCAAGGCCUACGAGACAGGCUCAAACAGGUCUUACAAUGUACAUGAUACGACCCAUAGUCUCACAUAGAAAACUCACGUGACAGUAUGUAUGCAGCGUACUGCGCAAUUACAACCUAAUAAAGCUGCAGGUACGUGACAUGACCUAGUUUGUUUAAGGGUGUAUGCUCUGAAUAAUUUUGGGGGUGGGGGGUGGGGGGCGCGCAAUAAUUUUAUGCUAUUUAAACCCCCAUCAAGGGCAUAGCUACUAACAAUCUUAGUUAAUAAUCAUAUAUUAAAUCAAAUGCAUAACAUUCUACAUACAAAAUUAUCAUUUAUUUCACUUUCUUAAAAAUAGUUAAAGGAGCACUUAUCUGAUUAAACAGAUCCUCUAUGAAUGAAACUUUGAAAUAUUUAUCCCUCGUGAUGGAAAAAUUUACACAGUCAAGCAGGACAUGCUUGACAAUGAUUCUUUUUAUCACAAGGGAUGCAAAAUGGAGGAUCCUCAUCUUUCAAUAAAUAUUUAUGAGUAUAUCUACUGUGGCCAAUAGGACAUCGACGUAAAAUGACCUCUUCAAACCUGGACUGACAACCCAAGCACGUGUAACCGAUAUUUGGUUUAAUUUGAUGGAACUUAUUCAUGCCUACUUGGUUGUCCAACUUCUCUUGCUUGAGAUUUCGGAUGUAACAUCUAAUCACAGGUUUGUUAUUACUGUAUGGGAUAAGAAGUGGUGUCACAGAUUUGUUGAGUGCUGCUUUUGCUGCAGCAUCAGCUAUUGUGUUACCUGUUAUGCCCACAUGACUGGGACACCAACAAAAGACGAUGUCGUAUUGGCCAGUUGAAAGAUCAUUGUAAAGUUCUAAAAUAUCUAAAAUAACUGGAUGAGUCGAAGAGACAUUUUUCAGUGUCUGAAGACAUGAUAGAGAAUCAGAAAAGAUGAUAAACUGUUUACAUGCAGACUGUCGUUGAAUGUAUACCAAGACUGUAAGGAUAGUAUUGGCCUCAGCAGUGAAAAUAGCAUUGGCCUCAGCAGUGAAAAUAGAGCUAUUUUCUGGUAUUGUAGAUGACAUAACUUUUGAUCCAACGACAGUGGCACUUACCACUUUGCCACCGUCCUUGGAUUCAUCAGUAAAGAUUGAAUGGUCAUCGUUAUGGAUUUGGCAAAACGUCGAAGGUGACACGUUUAUCAGAGUACGAUACGGAUUGCAACAAGGGGUGUUGGCACAACAUAUUUCUGUCUUGAGCCAUUUUUAUGCAUAAUCUCUAAUUACUGUCGAUGAUCAAGAUCAAUAUGAUAUAUCGCCAUGAGUACAAACAGCCAAGGUGCUGCAAACACAUCUGGAGAAGCUGAAUCGACAAUAUCUGGAGAGGCUGAAUUGGCCGUACCUGGAGAGGCUGAAUCAACUACAGCUGGAGAGACUGAACCAACUACACCCAGACAGGCUGAAUCGACUACACCCAAAGAGGCUGAAUCGACUACACCCGAAGAGGCUGAAUUGACUACACCCGGAGAGGGUGAACCGACUACACUCAGAGACACUGAAUCGACUACACACGGAGAGGCUGAACCGACUACACCUGGAGAGGCUGAAUCGACCACUUCCGGAGAGGCUGAAUCCGAAUCCGAUUUAUGCCGAGUGUGCGAGGAAGUUGAUAUUGAAUAUAAAAAAAUCAAGCCUGUCAAGAGGUUGUUCUUGAUCCAUGGACAUCGCCUUCUUUUCAAACAAGUACAAGAUAAGAUAAAGAAACACAAGCAAAAAUCAGACAAGACACUGCUUUGCCGAGAUAUCUCCAAACGAGUGUCAGCUUUACGAAAUGGCGGAGGAGGGGUUUUGAUACUCCAUGUUGAUGGGACUGAUACAGAAGAUAGAUGCCUUGAAUAUUUUGAUGAACUUGUAAAUGAUACAUUUACGCACUUGCUUGAACCGGGGGAAGUGUACACCGAUACAUAUAAGCGAAAGCUGUUGUGUGAAAUUGACCACUUUCAAUGUUACACAGGGUUCAUCGUAGUACAUGUAAACUCUGUAUGUGGUGUGGCCACUGUGGAUUUUAAUACAAAGAUCCGCAAAGACCAUGAAAACAUAAACCCAACUUCUCUACAAUUACUGUCUAUUCUAUCACAUAAAGUGGAACCAGUUGCUUCCACAACACGUUCACUACAGGAACGAACCUUAAAUGAAAAUAGAUCCAUUGAAUUAAAGUCACAUAUGCCACUGCUUUCUGAGAGUGACGUUAACACUAUCGUGGACCGUGUUUGGAAUCAUUUGAAGCUCAAAGAUAUCAUAACGUCUAUGUCAAAACUUGCUGAAGGAGGAUCUUAUUAUUUAGGAAUAGAAGAAAAAAAGCAUUUGUUUAACAAGGGGAAACAUGAAGAAUAUGAAUCUAAAGUGCCACAAAGCAAAGGCUUUUACCCAGUUAACCGUGAAGUUUUAACCAACAAGCUUCGCUUCAAAGUUCAGAAUGAUAUGUGUGUACUCAACCAAGACUGUACUUUCAGCAAGGCACCUUCAGAUCUUAUAUGUAUCCAAUUCCAUAAGGUUCCAAAAGAUGACAACAGAUAUGUGUUAGAAGUAGCUGUUCGUUACUUUGAAGGCAUUGUGUUCCAUGAUAAGCAAGGACCCAGAACCUACACAAUUAAAGACAACAUAAUCAAGAGAAUGAGUGGACAGGAAUGGCUAACACGAUUAUGUGCCAUAGCAGAACGAUGCCAUGAGCAGACCAGAUGGUUAAGAAAUAAACCAGAAAACGGAAACUAGGAAUUGGCCAUGGUGAUGAGUGUAUGUCAGGACUAAUCACUAUAAACUAUUGGUACCUACACAUUAAGAAUUUGUUCGCAAUGAGUGACACGGAUUCCGUUCCAUCAAGCCUUGAUAAUGAGACUGAGCUUGAUGAUAGCAUUGCAAGUUCACUAGGCUCAAGUCCUUAUGUAUCAGAUGAAGCCAUGAUCAUCAAUUCUUGUGCCAAACCUGAUGCAUUUUACAGUUCCGACGAUUUAGAUAUUGUCUCUUCAGGUUGCAGAUGGGAAGUCAAAUCCUUGCAACUAACCCAAGAUGAGCAGAUCAAGAUUUUGACAAAGAGCAAACCUGCAGACAGGAGUAACAUUUCACCAGACGUUUACAUCAUCACAAAAAAUGUUAUGGAGGAGGCACUGAAGAAACGAAUAAUUGCAUUUGUGGAUGGACUCAAUGGGUGGGUGUACAUGGCGCCUUCAUUAAUGCCGUUUCUAGAUGCAGAGGGGUGGCAGAUGCAAACGGCAACACGCCUGUGUGAUGCAUGUAUUGUCACGGACUCCCAGCCAAUGCGAGUUCUGACAUUCACGGUGGGAGAAGACAAACACGGGCGUUCUUUACAAUACAGUGCACAGCUGGCCAGAAGAAUCAUGUAUCACAUUGAAGAAAACGCCGGACUGUCUGUCAGUGUAAUACAUGGUGUGAUAGACGAAGAUGCUUGGAAGAAUGAAGAGCUGUUUAUGACGAAGACAAAAGAAUUUGAAUACAUGGCCAGGGAAGAAUCCUUUGCUCAAUCCCUUCGCAUGACUUUCGGGAAAUACAAGUCCAUCACAGAUACAUUGUGUGUAAUGUUUGGGGCAGCAAGAACGGAGGAAUUACAAACCGCAGUUCUGUCUUUGCCUCCUGUGAAACAACAUAUAGGUGCAGAGGAAAUAGAAAGCCACUUGGAAACGAGGCUAACUCCUAAGAAGCUGACAGAUCACCACCUGACCUGUGCCAUCUGUACAGAAGUGUUCACGGACCCUGCCACACUUCGGUGUAACCACACAUUCUGUAAGUCCUGUCUGCUAACAUACAACAAAACACAGACUGAAGCAAUUCAAGCCAAGUCCAUCACAUGUCCCUGCUGCAGACAAGUUACGAAGCUGGCCACCCCUGACAGUCCAGUAGAGGAGUGGAUCUGUCAGCUGAAGCCAAGCCAUGUCAUACAAGGACUGAUGGACGACUUCGGACCGGGGACACAUGGUACCAUGGUAAAGGUCUGCUACCUUUGCAACAAACAAGAACAGGAAACAAUUGCCACACAGUGGUGUUCCAUCUGUGAUGCUGUCUUUUGUGAUAAUUGCAUCGCGAUUCACAACAUGAUGCCAAAGCUAAGUGAUCAUGAAUUAGUUGAAUUGUCCAAUCCGAUCAAAAUAAAAGGCAAACGCCGCCUCAUGUGUAAGAGGCACAAGGACAAACAGAUAGAGAUGUUUUGCAAAGAUUGUAAAGCGGCCAUUUGUCAGAUGUGCUCCAGUAUUGAACACAGGCAGUGUGAUAAUAUUGUUAACUUAGACAAUAUGACACCUCUUGUUAAAGAGAAACUUACACGCCGAAACACUGAGCUGAGAAAACACAUAACAGCAACAAACAAUGAAAUCACCAGGAGCAAAUCACAACUUCAUGACAUAAGAACAAAUGCAGAUGACGUGAAAGAUAAAAUAGCAAAGGCAGGGAAAGGAGCUAUUGAGACGAUUACGAAGGGAGUAAAACAGCUCACCGAACAGGUUGAUAAAUCAUCUAAUGAACAAAUACAAUAUUUACAAGCAGAUCUAAAAUCUCAGGAGAUUCAGCUGCAGGUUCAUAUGCAGGAGCAUGCUUUCGCGGCCAGUGCUGUGUCGUCCAACUGUAACGUCGAUAUGUAAGCCAUCU